CGCUUUGUCAGUCGCCACUAGCGCAUGGUGCUGGAAAGGUGUCUGCUCAGUCGCUCAGGCUGGAAACCAACGUGCUCUGCGGUCGGUGCUUUUAACCCUUGAUCUCCGUGAGAGGAAGUGAUCACCAACGCCAAGACAGGAUUGCUACAAAGAGAGUUUGGACAGCGAAAGUGGAGGAAUGACGCAACUAGUGCCUCAUCACAGGUGGCACGGCUAGCCCGAUGAUGCUUGCUCACUGUUGGCGGGCGUUGCUGCUGACUCUCCUGGGGUCUGCACUCACCCUGGCCCUUCAGAACAACCGCCCGCCCAGGUUUAUUAUCGAUGGCCAAACGGAAAUCGUUCUGCGACUCAAAGAAGGAACACCAGCAGGGAGCCUAAUUUACCGCCUCCGCGGGUUUGAUCCUGACGGAGACUCGCUCACAUUCGGAGUAAGAGAACAUGCUGGUCAAGAAAUUUUAAGCAUAAAGCGCGUGAAUGACUAUGAAGCGCACAUUUAUCUGAAAAAGGAGCUGGAUCGCGAGCUGAGGGACGAGUACGCCCUCGUUUUAACCCUGACCGAUGGCCGAUUGGGCGAUGGAAAUUUCAUUACGCAGAGCUUACUCAUCAUUGUUGAGGACGUCAACGACAAUGCGCCCAUUUUCAAGCCAUACCAGCCGUCCAUCACCGUUCGAGAGGACAGUCCACCUCAAGUUCUCGCCGAACUGGAGGCCACCGACCUGGACGAAGGCCCUUAUGGACAGGUUGUAUUUUCGCUUGGAGAGCAAGACGGUGAGGAAGGCAUGUUUUCCGUCUCCACCGUGAACGGAAAGGGAGUUGUCCGGUUGGUCGGGCAGCUUGACUACGAGAAGAAGUUUCUGUAUCAACUGCGAGUCCUAGCGAGGGACAGAUCAAACAAUGAGCGAGUGAAUACUGGCACUGCUGCCUUGCUAAUCAGGGUGCAAGAUGUCGAGGAUCAGCCUCCAGAGUUCGUGGUAGUACCGCCGGUUACCAGAAUCAGCGAGGACACGCGCCUGAAUUCACCAGUGCUCAAAGUGAAAGCCGUGGAUGGAGAUCGCGGUGUGAACAACAAAAUCAGCUACGCGAUAACCAGAGGCGGUGCAGGCAUCUUCGGCAUCGACUCCAACACGGGAAUCGUGUACAAUCUGCGGCCUCUGGACAGGGAGGAUCCCAAGAAUAGCAACGGCGCCUACAUUUUGGAGAUAACUGCCAAAGAGGAGUCCCGGACUUUGUCAGCGGCGCCCACUGCCAAAACGGAGGUCACCAUCAUGGUUAUGGACGUAAAUGACGAGGCACCACGCUUCAGAAGCGCCGCUUACGUUUGCGAGGUGAAUGAAGGUUCACAAGCAAACUCGCCUCUCACCUUUCUGGGAAACACCAAGCCGGAGGUGUUCGACCACGAUCAGGGAAAUAACGGCACCUUCCAGCUGUUUUUGAACGGUGACAAAGGGGUUUUCGAAGUCACCCCUAGGGAAGGAGUAAACGAGGCUUCGUUUUUAAUUAGGGUUAAAAACCCAGCCAUGCUCGACUAUGAGCAAGUGAAAACCAUGAAUUUCACGCUUGUUGCCAAAGAAACUGUGCCAAAUAAUCCAAAAUAUAGUUCUGUGCCUGUCACCGUCUUCAUUCGGGACGUGAAUGAUAAUUUCCCCGAGUUCACCGAGUCAAUAUACGAGGUCUCCGUGCCAGAGAACUCAAGAAUGGGCACGACGGUGGCCUGGAUUCAAGCCAUGGAUGACGACUCGGGCAAUUUUGGCACCCAGGGCAUCAGGUACACCAGCGUCGGAGGAUCGUCGUCGGAAAUUUUACACCUGGAUGCCAUCACUGGCGUAAUUACCAUCAAGUCUAAUGACAUCUCCUUUGACCGUGAAUUGAUCUCGAGGCACUACCUGACCGUGGAGGCACGUGACGAUCUCGGCAGAGGAAACAGAAACACGGUGCAACUAACUCUGAAUAUAUUGGACGUGAACGACAAUGCACCCGUGUUCACGCAAGACAAGUACGAAGCCAAGCUGAUGGAAAAUAGCGAUGAUUUCAACCCUCCGCUUUUCAUUGAGGCUUACGACGAUGAUCUCAACGGAACUGGGAAUAGUGACGUUUUCUAUACAAUAGUCGCGGGCAAUGCCUUGCGAAACUUCACGAUCGACCCCGUGACUGGCAGGGUCCGCCCCUCAUCUCCGAUUGAUUUUGAAAAACUGCCUGGCUCGAGUAAAAACGGCGUCAGGGCAAUGAACCUGGUGAUCAGGGCACAGGACAGGGGCGAGCCUAAACCUCUUUACUCGGAGGUGUCACUGACGGUGUACGUCCAGGACGUGAACGAUCACGCACCACGCUUCGAAAAAUUGCACUACGUUACAAGCAUACCAGAGGAUUUUGCUGGAGGCAGCUCUGUCAUUCAGGUCAAUGCUUACGACAUGGACGGCUCUCCUCCCAACAACGCAAUCGCCUACCGCCUGAUGUCAGGCGCGGGAGACAAAUUUGUAAUCGAUUCUGAAACGGGAUCAAUCACCGUCGCCCACGGAGCCAGCCUCGACCCUGACAAAACGGACCCAAAAACUGACCUGUACGCCCUGAAAGUCCUGGCCAUCGAUGGUGGACUGGGAAAGGAGCAAAAGUCAACCGAAGUGAUGGUCGAGGUGCAGAUCGAGGACGUGAACAACAAGGCGCCGCAGUUCCUUGAUCCUGGCACGAUUAGCGUCAAGGAAAACGUGCCGGUCGGAGAGGAUAUUUACCGCGUCAGGGCAGUUGACCUGGACGCCAAGUCGGUGCUCAGGUACUACAUCGACGCUGCCAAGAGCGAGGCGCGGAACGAGGAGGGCAUCAGGGUCAAACAGUCCGACUACAACUACACGGCGGUGUUUGAACUCAGCUCUUUGGACGGGAUUUUGAAGGUGGUCAGAAAUUUGGACAGGGAGAAGGUGGACCUCAUCAGACUGGCUUUGAAAGUCGAAGAUUUGGCCGCGGCAAGGGAUGUCCAAAUAGCAACAGCUUACUUGACUAUUUUGGUCGAAGACGUAAAUGACAACAACCCCAAAUUCCGAUUGCCGUAUUACCAACGCUCCAUCACGGAGAACAGCAAGAUCGGCGUCGUAAUAAUGCACGUGACGGCGGACGACGCCGACAAAAACCGCACGAUCCGGUACACCAUCGAAGGUCCAGAAACCGAUCUGAUUUCUCUAGACCCUGAAACGGGAGAGUUGCACGUGGGGAGUAAGAUUGAUCGAGAAGUGCAUUCGUGGAUCAAUGUGACCAUCAGAGCGACGGACAACGGCUCGCCGCCGAGGUACAGCUUCACCGAGUGCUAUAUACAGGUUUUGGAUGAGAACGACAACAAUCCAUUUUUCGUCGGCGAUAUUGUAAACAUCACAGUGAGGGAAGACGCACCAAUUGGCACAGAAAUAGCAAGACUUGAAGCACGGGACGCUGAUGUUGGCGAUUUCGGCAAAAUCACAUAUUUGUUGGACCGCAUUUCCUCUGGGGGAAAAUUCCAAAUAAAUCCCGAUACUGGCGUUUUGAACGUGUCUGAGGUUUUGAACAGAGAAGAGAGGAAUUUUUACACUUUGAUCAUCGAGGCUUGGGACAAUUACCAUUUUGGAUACCUCUCUGGAGAGAGCAGAAACGCAUUUAAACAAAUUGGGGUUCACAUUGUCGACGUAAAUGACGAAGCACCAGAAUUUGAAGUAUUUGACGGCUGCGCUAGUAUCACCGAGUUCCACCCAAUCGGCGAGUUAAUUACCGUGGUAAAGGCCCACGACAAAGACGACCCAACCACUCCAAAUGGCAGAAUGGUUUUCUCCAUUGUCGGUGGAAAUGAUUUCGGUCUAUUUAACAUCGAAAACCUGGACUUCUCGAGUGCUAAAAUAACAGCAAGCAAACCCUUGAAAACGCUGUAUGGCAAUUACACUCUGAUCGUGCGUGCCCAAGACUUGGGAAUUCCCCCUAACGACGCGACCACCGAAGUUAGGGUGUGCGUCACUGACUUUAAUGACAACGCGCCGCAUUUUUUGACUCCCCCUCAUAACUACACUGUUAUAAUUCCCGAGAACGCAACAAUUGGUACGCCCGUAAUUGAGGUGCAUGCAGUUGACGGUGACAUUGGGGCCAAUGGGGCCGUCAGGUACCGCCUGAAGCAAGACUCUUUGGGCCACUGGAGGACCUUUGAAAUCGAUCACGUGACAGGUUCCGUCAGUCUGAAAGAGCUGCUGGACCGUGAAAGGCAAAAAAUUUAUGAAAUUCGCGUGGAAGCAUACGACUUGGGCAUUCCAACUCCACUCUCGUCUGAUUUGGAUUUAAUGAUAUACGUCAGAGAUGUGAACGAUUUUGAGCCACAGUUUGUUAAGGACGAAGUGUCGGUGAAUUUCACAGAACACUCACUUCCUGGGGAGGAACACGCUAGGCUGCCGGACACGAUAGACAGGGACGAAAUCGAUCUACUAGAUGGGCCGCCGCCACCUGUUUGCUAUUUUAUUGCAGGCGGAGAGUCGGCGGACAAAUUCCAUCUCGACGCUUACUCGCACGAACUCACGGUUGUCAAAGAUCUGGACCGUGAAGCUCAAGACAAGCAUGAGCUUUUGAUUCGGGCGACUGAGAAUUGUCAAGAGGCAUCCUCAAUCACACCAGCCGUGGCGGAUUCUAAUUCGAACAAUUCGCUCUUACGCGUGGUUGUGAACGUAAACGACGUGAACGACAAUGCACCAAAAUUUGUGAAGCACGUCUUCACAGGUGGCUUCACGACAGAAACCGAUUACGGCACGGAAUUCAUGAGAAUUAAGGCGAUCGACUUGGAUGCGCCAGAGCAUGGGAACAUCAGCUACUACCUCAGCGGAAAUGUCAAAAUGUCCCUUAGCGAGGGGUUGGAACACGUGAAGCGAUCGCCGUUCGUCGUGGACAGAUCCACCGGAGGGGUCAUCCUCAAUUUUGACCCUCAAAGGGGCAUGAAAGGCUAUUUUGAAUUCAUGGUGAUUGCAAACGACACGGACGGCCUGCAAGACAAAGCUAUUGCCCUCGUGUAUUUGCUGAGGGAAGAUCAGAGAGUGAGAUUUGUUCUGCGUCAACACCCAGCGGAAGUUCGCGAAAAGAUCGACAAAUUCAGGGAUAUUCUGGGCAACGUGACUGGCGCCAUUGUGAACGCCGACGAUUACAAGGUGCACGUGAACAGCGACGGCACAGUGGACAAAACGAGGACGGACCUCUACCUACACUUGGUGGACAAGAGGAACAACUCGAUCAUGGACGUUGCGGAGGCCCUCAGAAGAGUCGAUCUCAACAUAGAAAAGCUUGACGCACUUUUCAAAGAAUUUAAUGUGCUGGACACGCAACCUGCCGAGGCUCAAGCACUCAGGGCGGAACCUGAGAAUAUGCUUCUCUUCUACUUCUUCUUCGCGACCGUCUUCUUGAGCAUCCUGCUGAUAAUGACGCUGUCGCUCUGCAUGGUGCAACGCACUCGAUAUAGACGGCAGAUCAAAGCGGCCACCGUCAACGCUUUCGUAGGUGCGAAUCCGGGUGCGAGGCUUUCGGUCAGAGCGAGCAGAGUGCCAAACACAAAUAUGCACAGCACCGAGGGAUCCAAUCCUAUGUGGAUGCAAGCGUACGAAAACGAGUGGUACAAAUCCGAUGAAGAGGUCGAGCAUGGAUCUACAGAACAAGCGUCAGAGCAAGAUUCGCUGGAUGAUAACGCUAUCACCUCGGAGGAGACGUGCGGGGAGAGCCACGACGGCGCGGAUUCCACGCCGCCAGUCACUCGUGCGAACAACAAACAAAACAUUUUCUUUGGCAAGGAGAGAGUUCUCAGCAGUGGAAUUAUGGUAACACAGCAAGAGUCCUCGAGUGUUCUAAAAGAAAACAAUGAUGUGAUCAGAGGCACUUUUCACCAGAACCUGUACACUCAUUUCGAGAAGCUGAACAGUCCGUUCGGACGCAAGCUCGAAACUACUGAACUUUAAACAGAGACAGACGUACAUGCCUCAAGUAUAAACAGUGCAAUCGCGUAACCUACAUGCAUCGAAUUUUUCGCCCUCUUUGACGUGUGUUUUGUGUUCUAGAUUGUAAACAUUUUUCUAAACUUUUUACGUUAUUCAUCUGUACAGUAAUAAAAUAUUUAUAACGUAUA